ACCAUCCCAGGGUGCCUUGCGGCGCCGGGUCUUUUCCGCUGGCCAUUCUCCCUGGCAGGAGGCCCGUAGGCAGCAGCCAUGGCGCCCAGCCGGAAUGGCAUGAUCCUGAAGCCCCACUUCCACAAGGACUGGCAGCGGCGCGUGGCCACGUGGUUCAACCAGCCGGCGCGGAAGAUCCGCAGACGCAAGGCCCGGCAGGCCAAGGCCCGCCGCAUCGCCCCGCGCCCGGCGUCCGGGCCCAUCCGGCCCAUCGUGCGCUGCCCCACGGUGAGGUACCACACCAAAGUGCGAGCCGGCAGGGGCUUCAGCCUGGAGGAGCUCCGGGUGGCCGGCAUCCACAAGAAGGUGGCCCGGACCAUCGGGAUCUCGGUGGACCCGAGACGGCGGAACAAGUCCACGGAGUCCCUGCAGGCCAACGUGCAGCGGCUGAAGGAGUACCGCUCCAAGCUCAUCCUCUUCCCCAGGAAGCCGUCGGCGCCCAAGAAGGGCGACAGCUCUGCGGAAGAACUCAAGUUGGCUACCCAGCUGACGGGACCAGUCAUGCCCAUUCGGAAUGUCUACAAGAAGGAGAAAGCCAGAGUCCUCACAGAGGAGGAGAAGAGCUUCAAGGCCUUCGCCAGUCUUCGCAUGGCCCGUGCCAAUGCCCGGCUGUUUGGCAUCCGGGCCAAAAGGGCCAAGGAAGCUGCAGAACAGGACGUUGAAAAGAAAAAAUAAAGUGCAAUUAACAACUC